GCCUGACCAAAAAAGUUAGGGCUUGUUGCGACGAAGGAGCCAGAUCGCGAUCAGCGCCAUUGCCGCGGUCGCCAUUACUGCCUACAAAAACUGCUCCGCCGUACCAUCGCUGCUCGUUGAAGCAGAACCCGACGGCACGCAGCAAAACGGAGAGAAAAAAAAGAUGGUGGGGUUCCCGGACAGAAUCCGCCACAAGUAGGCCGCAGCCAGCUGCCGCCGGCGUCGCCAUCCGCCGCGCCACUGUCACCGUUGUCGAUCUUCGAGUCGCGACGCGACCACACGCAGCAGAUCGUACCAUCGCCGGCCGCCAGGACGCCAACCGCCGCCGAUCAUCAAUCGCUGGACGGGGGGAGGGCUGUUGCCAUCGCCGAUCGCUUCCGCCGCCAAUAACACAGGUCGGUAAAAAAAAAUCGGAGAAGAAAUCUUUACAGUCGGCAAAAAAAGGUGCUAUAAAAUCUUCUCUCGUCGCCCGUCGAUCGCCGGCGUCUUUCGAAGCAGGCAGGAGUACAUCACCGCCGCUGCAGUCGCUCCGAUCAUCCCUUCGACGCGAACCUCCGGUUGAGCGACGACGAACUCGGGGCGUAGAUCGGGAAAAAGCAGAAGAAGAAAAAAAAAUGACCGUGAGAAAAGGUUGGAGGUCGCCGGCCGGAGAUUGAAGGAAGCUCCGCCGUCUGGACGGAAAAACGCCACCGCCAUCGCCAUCGGCGAGCAGCGCCGCCGACGAUCCACCAAAGCACAGAUCCUUGUCGCCGUGGCCAAGCAGAGAUGGCUAUGCAUUUCAAAAUCUGAACUUCUGAAUAAUGCAAGCCAAGGCGAACGCAUCGUAUAUAGCGGACCUUUUGCAGACCUGCAUAGAUAAUAAAGCCCACUUCGCAGGAAAACUUCUCCAUGGCCAUAUCGUCCAACUUGGCCUCUCUUCCGAUACUUUUCUCGGCAACCGCCUUACUGAGUUUUACUCGAAAUGUGGUCUCACUCGGACUGCACGCCACGUGUUCGAUCAAAUGCCUCAUCCUAACAUAUACUCUUGGCAUGCGAUGCUGACUGCCCACUGUAAAGCUGGCCAGUUAGAGCAUGCUACCGAACUGUUUGUUAAAAUGCCUGAGAGGAAUAGUGUCUCGUGGAACACUAUGAUUAGCGCUUUAGCUCGAAAUGGGUAUGAAAGCAAAGCCUUGGAGGUUUACCGUAUGAUGACUUCAGGUGGUUUUGAGCCAACUCAUAUCACCUUGGCGAGCGUUUUGAGUGCUUGUGGUGGGUUGAGGGGUAAGGAGUUUGGGAGAGUGAGUCAUGGUUUGGCUGUAAAAUGUGGUCUUGACAGAAAUGUCUAUGUUGGAAAUGCAUUGUUAAGUAUGUAUGUAAAAUGUGGAUGUGGUGGGGAUGCAAUCAAGGUGUUUGGAGAUUUGCCAGAGCGUAAUGAGGUUUCCUUCACAGCAAUGAUGUCGGGGUUGGUUGAGAUUGAUCAAGUCGAAGAGGCUUUUAAUAUGUUUAGGUUGAUGCUACGGAAUGGGUUUAGGAUUGAUUCUGUUUCAUUGUCCAGUGUUCUCAGAGUUUGUGCUAAAGGUGAUGGCGGGGACUUUGUUAUUGAUGACAUUAAUGCUUGGUAUACGUGUAAUGUGCCUGGGAAACAAGUCCACAGUCUUGUUUUUAAACUUGGAUUUGAAAGUGAUCUUCGCUUGUGUAACUCGUUACUUGACAUGUAUGUGAAAAACAAGGAUAUGGACAGUGCUGAAGUACUUUUUGGGGACUUGCCUGAAGUUAGUAAUGUUUCUUGGAAUAUUAUGAUAGGUGGAUUUGGCCAGAACUAUGAAAAGAAAAGAGCAAUGGAAUAUAUGGAAAAGAUGCAGAGUUGUGGUUAUGAACCUGAUGAGGUUACUUAUAUUAAUAUGCUGGCAGCUUGUGUCAAAGCUGGGGAUGUUGAAGCUGGGUGUUGGCUAUUUGAGAGAAUGGCAUGCCCAAGCUUGAGCUCAUGGAAUGCUAUGCUUUCAGGCUACUCACAGAAUGGGGAUCACUGUGAAGCCAUAAACCUUUUCAGGAAAAUGCAGUUUCAAAAUGAGCGACCUGAUCGAACCACUUUGGCUAUCAUACUCACAUCCUGUGCAGAAAUAGCACUUUUGGAAUAUGGGAAGCAGCUUCAUGCUGCCUCAUUUAAAAAUGAUGUUUCAGGUGACAUAUAUGUAGCUAGCAGUCUUAUUGGCAUGUACUCAAAAUGUGGUUGGGUAAAAGUGGCAAAAUGUAUAUUUAAGAGAUUGCCUCAGUUGGAUAUAGUAUGUUGGAAUUCUAUGAUCUCGGGUUUGAACCUUAGUUCAUUGGACAAAGAAGCAUUUUCCUUCUUUAAGGAAAUGCUACAGAUUGGAAUGCCACCUAGUGAAUUCUCUUAUGCAACUGUAUUGAGUAGUUGUGCAAGAUUAUCUUCUCUUGCAUUGGGGACUCAGGUUCAUGGCAUGAUAGCUAGAGGUGGAUAUGCGAAUGAUGUUGUUGUGGGAAGUGCUCUGAUCAAUAUGUAUUCUAAAUGUGGUGAUAUAGAUGGGGCCCGUCUUUGCUUUGACAUGAUGCCCUGUAAAAACAGUAUUACCUGGAAUGAGAUGAUACAUGGGUAUGCACAGAAUGGGUGUGGAGAUAAAGCUAUUUUCUUAUAUGAGCAGAUGAUUGAAACUGGAAAUAAGCCUGAUGGUGUAACAUUUAUUGCUGUAUUAACUGCUUGUACCCAUUCAGGAUUGGUAGAUCGGGGGAUAAGAAUUUUCCACUCAAUGCAGCUAGAAUAUGGAGUGGAGCCACUGGUUGAUCAUUACACUUGUAUUAUCGAUUGUUUGGGUCGUGCAGGUCGGUUUGAUGAAGUGGAAGAACUUCUAAAUAAGAUGCCAUACAAAGAUGACCCAAUUGUAUGGGAGGUAUUGCUUAGUACAUGUAGGGUUCAUAUGAAUGUAAGUUUAGCAAGAAGAGCUGCAGUAGAGCUUUUCCGGUUGGAUCCAGAGAAUUCUGUCCCUUACGUGCUUCUAGCAAAUAUGUAUUCAUCUCUGGGAAGAUGGGAUGAAUCAAAGGGCAUUAGAGAAAUGAUGGUUGAAGGGAAGGUAGUCAAGGAUUUCGGUUUUAGCUGGGUUGAAAAUCAGAAUGGAAUUGAAGAAAAUGGGGGGACUUAUACUGUGGCUUCCCUUUAAUGAAACAGGAUAAUGGUAAAACUAGUUGUAUUCAAAGAUAAUUGAUGUGGCAUUUUCUAGUGUUUCAUCCACAAUUGGGUUGGUUUGCUUUGGUCUCAUCUUUUUGAGUGGAAGCCAAGAGAAUUAGAAUUAGGUUGGAGUGAAGUAUGCCUGAAUGUCUUAACAUCAAAUGUAGCCAUCCUCUUCCAAUUGGUGAUGAUAAGAAACAUUGGCCAACCAAGGAAAGAGGCGUUCCGGUUCAGGCUUGGAUGUCUUAACAUCAGAAGUAGCUAUCGUCUUGCAAAUUUAAUGUAUCCCCCACCAGCAUGGAGAAUCAAUUUUAUCUAGUCCAACAAAGCAGCAGAAAGGUAUCAACUUAUUUGUAUUUGCAUUAGAUAAAGCCGAAUGUUACUGUUCACACUGAAAAUAGGACAAGAAGAAGACCAUAAGUGCAACUGUGCAAGUGCUACCCCCUUACUCAAUAGAUUACAUUCAUGAUCGAAAUGGGUGCUUGUUAAACAGCAGUGUUGUGUUACACAAAGAAUGAAUGUAUUACUCUUCUAAUAUAGAAACAUACAUGAAUUCCACUAUGAUCAUUGCAUUUUCUUUCUCAGACCACCAAGAGGACUAAAACCUUUUGCCUCCACGUUUUGUUCGAGACACUUGCAGCUGUGAAUAUUGAGAUUUGUACCACAUCUCAAACAUAAACCCUUGCUGGGGAUCACAGAUGGCAUCAAGAGUGAUUUCUAUGUGCACCAAGUCUCUUAUAUUCUUUGAGAUGUCAAUGGUUCUGUUUUCCAAAGGAAAAUAAAGUUGAUCUUCAAUAUCAAUCAAAGAAUCGUCGUCAUCCUCCUCUAAUGCUUCAAAAUUCUUGGAUCCAAACAUUGUACCCAUGUCCAGGGUGUUUGGUUCCUUAAUGGGUUCUUCACUCAGCAAGAGUGAGAAGUUAGAAAAAAUAGUUUCAGCAGCUGGUUCACCACACCUUCAAACAGAUAUCAUAUGCAGUUAACAAUAGGGGAUUAGUUCAGAUUAUCCAUGAACAGAAGAACAAAAAACCAUAAUUCAAUCUUUAAAUAAAAAGAAGGAAAAGCAAAUUACAGUAGCUACCUAUUGCAAUCAAGAGUAAUGACUGUUCGGAUAACCCCAUCGAGCCUGACCACCUUGUGCUUCUUAGUGGUUACAUCGAGUGAAACCAGCACCGGCGUCCCUUCCGGGUAAUCCUUGACGUCUUUGGUAACCCUGAUUCUCAUCACCGAAGCGCGAGACUUAGACACCUUAGUGGAAAGCUUCCCAAGGCCCAGCCUUUCUAGGGUGGUUGCAGGUUUUAUUGUUAUUCCUAUUGGUCUAUGGCAAUUGAAGGCCUGUUGAAAUGAAUUUGAUUCAUUUGCUAUGACUAAAGUUUGGAAUUGGACUUAAAUUGGCCAUUUUUUUGCCGUAGUUUGCAGUGUUUUGGUGGUUUUUGUGAUCACAGUGUUGAUUAGCUGUGUGUAUGUCAUGUUAAAAUGAAUGGUUUAUCUAUAAACAUUGUUUUGUUAAUAUAUGCUGAAGUUAUUGUUUGUGAUC